CAAGACAAAAGUGAAAGUGAGUUUGAACAUACCACUACUGUGUACAGUAUUUUUGUCUCUUCGAAUAUUGUGCCAACAAAACCCUCCAAAAACACACAUAACUUCCCACAACACAACAUUUUGGUGAAAAAGAUGGACGGUGAUAAGAGAGCACAUGAAGAAGAAGCAGGUCCAUCUUCUGUGAUUGACAAAACCAAACAAGAAUUAACUGAAAAAAUCACUGAUACUUUUCAUGAUGCUAGUGAAGACGAGGAAGAAGAAGAAGUCAAUGGUCAUAAUAAAAAUGGUGUCUUUGUUCCUGGCCCUCUUCUUUCUCUCAAGGAACAGAUUGAAAAAGACAAGGAGGAUGAAAGUCUAAGAAGGUGGAAGGAGAAGCUGUUAGGUUGCUUGGAAAGUGAUUUACAUGGUCAAUUGGACCCUGAAGUGAAAUUCCACUCCAUUGGAAUUCUCUCUGAGGAUUUUGGUGAAAUUGUUACUCCUUUACCGGUGGAAGAAAAUCAGAACGGCCGUACGCUGUUCUCUCUAAGGGAGGGAUCUCGCUAUCAGCUUAAGCUUAAAUUUAGUGUUUUGCACAACCUUGUUUCUGGCUUGACUUACUCCAACACUGUGUGGAAAGGAGGGUUUCAAGUUGAUCAGAGCAAAGGAAUGUUGGGUACUUUUGCUCCACAAAAGGAACCAUAUGUAUAUGCCUUGAAAGAGGACACCACUCCCUCUGGUACACUUGCAAGGGGUGUUUACUCAGCAAAACUUAAGUUUGAAGAUGAUGAUAGAAGGUGUCAUAUGGAACUCAAGUAUUUGUUCGAGAUUAAAAAAAGCAGCUAGCUCGGGUUUUCUGACGCAUGGUUUUUUAUGCGUGAUUUAUCUUAAAUUCUUGAUUAUAUUUUGAACAUAAUUGUAGAUGAUAUGUUACUUUGUUUACUAAAAUACACAGAAGAGUGGUUUUGUUGUAAACUUCUGAUGGCUUAUUGUAAGCAACCAAAAAGUGACUAUAUUGAAUAUUUGAACUACAUAUAUGGCAGAAAAGUCUCAAUUUUUUUAAUGAAA